UCCAAUCACACUCACUCACCAUUUCAUUUUAUAUUUCUCAAUCACACUCACUACAAACAACUCCACAAGAUAAACAAAAAAAAUCAGCAUUGUGCAUAUUGAAAAAUGAUACCAAUGAUGAGUUCUAUUCCUCUAUUAACUCCAACACCAGCUUCUCUUCCAGUCCGUACAAUUCCAGGCAGCUAUGGCUUACCAUUAUUAGGUCCCAUAUCUGAUAGAUUGGACUAUUUUUGGUUCCAGAAACCUGACACUUUCUUCAGCAAGAGAAUUGAAAAAUACAAGAGCACUGUUUUUAGAACAAAUGUGCCACCCUGUUUUCCUUUUUUUGUGGGGGUUAAUCCUAAUGUGGUGGCGGUUCUUGAUGUGAAAUCGUUUUCACAUAUGUUUGAUAUGGAGAUUGUUGAGAAAGCUAAUGUGCUUGUUGGUGAUUUCAUGCCUAGUGUUGCUUAUACUGGAGAUAUGCGUACUUGUGCCUAUCUUGAUACUUCUGAACCUAAACAUACUCAGAUUAAGAACUUUUCACUGGACAUCCUAAAAAGAAGCUCAAAAACAUGGGUGCCUACACUAGUUAACGAGCUCGACACAAUGUUUGGAACUUUUGAAUCAGAUCUUUCAAAAUCCAAUUCAGCUUCUCUCCUCCCUACAAUACAAAAAUUCCUCUUCAACUUCUUCUCACUCACUCUCCUCGGCGCCAACCCGGCAGCCUCACCGGAGAUAGCUGAAUCCGGCUACGUCCUGAUCGACACGUGGCUCGCUAUUCAACUAGCCCCUACUGUUAGCAUUGGUCUUUUUCAACCCUUUGAAGAAAUCCUUGUCCACUCUUUUAACUACCCUUUUUUCCUUGUCAAAGGUGGUUAUGAAAAACUCACUCAAUUUGUGAAAAAUGAAGCUAAGGAAGUGUUAAAGAGAGCACAAACAGACUUUCAACUCACUGAACAAGAAGCUAUUCAUAACCUUUUGUUCAUUCUUGGGUUCAAUGCUUUUGGUGGAUUCUCCAUUUUCUUGCCAACCCUAUUGGGAAAUCUUGGAGAUGAGAAAAAUGCAGAGUUGCAAGAGAAACUGAGAAGUGAAGUGAGAGAGAAAGUUGGAUUAAAGCAAGAAAACUUAAGUUUUGAGAGUGUAAAAGAAAUGGAACUUGUUCAGUCAUUUGUUUAUGAAACACUUAGGCUUAGUCCACCAGUGCCAAAUCAAUAUGCAAGAGCAAGAAAAGAUUUUAAGUUGAGUUCACAUGAUUCAGUUUAUCAAAUCAAGAAAGGGGAACUUCUUUGUGGGUACCAGCCAUUAGUUAUGAGAGAUCCAAAGGUGUUUGAUGAACCUGAAAAGUUUGUGUUGGAGAGAUUUACAAAGGAGAAAGGGAAAGAAUUGUUGAAUUAUUUGUUUUGGUCUAACGGGCCACAAACUGGGAAACCUACUGAAUCAAACAAGCAAUGUGCUGCUAAGGAUAUUGUUACUCUCACUGCUUCUUUGAUUGUGGCUUAUAUUUUUCAAAGGUAUGAUUCAGUGAGUUUUUCAGGUGGUUCACUCACAUCUGUGAAAAAAGCCAGUUGAAUUUUGGGCUGUGGCAUCUAAUUAAGUUUGUUAGACAUAAAUAAAGUCAUCUGUGGCUUUUUCUCCCCUCCCCCUUUAUGAUAUGUAAUGUAAGUUCAAGAAGAGUGCUUAUUUUUUCACUGAUUAAUUCUGACUUAUUGUCUUAUCCUCUUAUAAUAAAGAAGGUAUCACGUGAUUCUUUAAUUUCA